AUGUCUUCAAAGUCAGAAAAGGAUAAAGAGAGACUGAUUCAAGCUUCUGAAAUGUUCUUCCUUCGUGUACAAGAUCUUAUUUCCUUCAUGAAUACAUUUACUGAGAUUCUUAACCACAAUAUGAAUACUCAGAUCCCCUUGAUGGUUGUGAAAGAAGAUAAUAACAUUAAGGAUUUCUUUGAACAAAUGCUUAAAAAUUUUAAGGAGAUGCAACAUGUAGUAGAAGAAAAGUUCAACAAAAUGCAAAAGGAGCCUAUGUAUUCCAAGGUUGCCACAGCUAUGUGUUCUAUGGUUGACAAAUGUACCAAUGAGGAUUUGUAUUCUUCAGCUAAAGAAGUGUUUAAAAAUAUCCAGACACCAAUCAUUGUCUCUGUGAUGAGCAAUAGUAACAUCCGUGAGAGUUUGGAAUCUUUUAUUUCACUCUUGAUGACAUUCCCCAUCAUGAAUCUUCAAUUAAGGGAUUUCUAUAGAGGAGAUACCAAAGGGCAAUCAGAUGCCACCACAUCUGAGAAAAUCCUGAGUCCAGACCUUUCCAAAUCCAUCUCAACAGAUGUCCUGAAAAAGUUGCAGGAUGCACUAAAAACCGAGAAUGCCAACGAUCCCAUGGAGUCAGCAGCAGAUCAGUUGGAACAAAUUGUCAAGGGUAUGGAACCAACCAUACAGGUUCUCCAAAAUGCCGUAAAGACCAUGGACAAUGAUAACUUUAAGAAAGUCAAUGACAAGUAG